CUGGCAACAGAUACGAUGCAGCGCAUAGAGACGGGCCUGCGCUCCUUCUCCGCCCAAAACCCCACACUAGACCGCGUGGCGGCAGACCUGCAGCGGCUGCGGCCGGGGAUAACCGGGCAGGCCGAGUCGGUCACCAACAUUGAAAACAGCAUGGGCAAGCUUAGGUCGCAGCUGAAGGCGAUGCAGAGGUGCGGCAGGCGCGCCGCGAUGAGCGCCGCGGGCCGAAGACCCGGCGUCGCCGGCCCCGCGGCGCCGCGCGCCGGCGCACGCCCGCAGGGCGCCCUUUUCCUCAACAACGAACGGCUGGACGUCACCGUUCUGGCGCUGGCCGGUGGCCAGCAGGCGGGAGGCGCCCAAAUAUUGAGGAGUGGCAAGCCCUUUGCCCCCCAGGUGCUCCAGGAGCUGCUCUCGCGCGUGCGGCCGGGCAGCACCGUCGUCGACACGGACUGCAAUUCAGGGUCGUACGCGGUGUUUUUCGCGGCCAAGGUGGGGCCGCGCGGCGCCGUCCACUGCUUCGAGCCGCAGCGCAAGCUGGCGCAGCUUGCGGGCGCCAACGCCCUGGUCAACGGCUUUUCGAGCGUCGUGCGCGUGCACAACGCCGCCCUCUCCUUCGCCGGCGGCGCCAUCCGCAUUUCGAGCGAGUCCCCAGGCCCCAAGGCCAGCAGAGGCAGCCUCUUUGUGGCCAAGGGGGGUGAGGAGGUGCAGGCGGUCACCCUUGACUCAUUCAAGCUCAAGGACGUGUCGCUUAUUAGGGUCCAGAGCUGGGGCACGGCUGACUUCUUCUCGAGCCUCGAAUACACAGAGAACAGGGACGACAGCAAGGUGCUGCAGGAGCCGCCCCAAAAGGCGGCACCAAAGGAGGGAGCCGGGGCCCAGGAGGUCGGCGCUGCAGAGGAAGAGGCGCCGGCGGAGAAGCGCGGCGGCAAGGGCGGCGCGGCGGCGGCGGACGACGAGGCGGCCGGCGAGGGCGCGGGGGCCGGAGGGGAUGGGAAGGCCCGGAAGCGAGGGGGCAGGAGCAGAGGUAGGAGGGUCAAGCCGCCGGUGGAAGUUGAGGAGGCGGGGGCGGGUGAGGACGCGGCUGCGGCCGAGGAGGAGGGGGUGGAGGACGCGGGCGCGGGGGCCGAGGCGAAGGGCGACGCCGCCGCUGAAGACGAGGAGGGUGGCGAGGAAGGGGAGCCCGCCGCGGCGGAGGAGGAAGAGGAGGAGGGUGGGGCCAGCAAGAAGGCGGCGGCGGAGGACGAGGGGGCCGGCGAGGAGGAUGGCGGCGGCGACGAGGAGGCGGCGGCGGAGGAGGAUGAGGAGGAGCCGGCGGCAGACGCUGACGAGCGGCGGCGCCUGUCCAGGCGUGCGCUGUCGCGCUGA